GAGUACUUCGCCGACCAGCGCCGCGAGGAAGAGAAGCUGAAAGCCGACGAGGAGGCGAAGAUGAAGCGGCUGGAAGAGCACUUCACGAAGUCAGGUCAGAAAGACCAGGAGUCCAAGAAGGAGAUUCCUGCCCACUUGCUCGAUGAGGCGCUCCUGCAAGAUGACGAUGCUGAGCCACCCAUGCCGUUGGAGGACAUCGUUUCGCGCUUCCGGCAGAUGGGUCAGCCCAUUAUCCUCUUCGGCGAGACAGACAUGCAGAGGUACAAGCGCAUGCGGCAGCUGGAGAGAGAGGAUCACGAGGGCAAGAAAAACCCGGACCUCGUGAUGCUGGAAGCGGUACAUGCAAACUCCAGAACCAUGAUUGAGGACCAGACGAAAGACAAAGACGAUGAAGAUGAGGACGAAGAGGAGGGCGAGAAGAAGAAGGAGGGGGAGGAAGAAGAUGAGAAGAGUGAGGCCUCCGAAAGCGAGGAGGAGAAGGACAGCGAGAAAGACAGUGAGAAGGAGAGCGGACAGGAUGAUCUCACUGGCGACGAGAAGGACGGCGCAGCUAAGAAAGAAGGUGAGGGUGGAGAGGCGCCGAAGGAGAAGCCAAAAGAAGAGGCUGUGGAAGUCCCGGAGGUCGACCUCGGCACCAUGGAUCAGUGCGACAUGAUCCGCAGCUGGGUUCGAAAGUCGCUCAAAGCCUGGGAGAAGGAGCUGGCAGACCUGCCCGAUGAGGAAAAGAAGAAGCCCUCCACCAAGACGGCAGUCGCUGCACAUCGCCAAGUACGCCGAGAUGUACGGCCUCUCCAAAAACGCCUGCGAAUGUAUCGCAUGGAGGAGUGGCUUCUUGAGAAGAUCUACGACAUCGUGAAGAAGGCCGAUGACCGUGAGUAUCGUCAGGCCGCCGAAGCAUACCUGGACUUGACGAUUGGUAAGGCCGCGUGGCCAGUCGGAAUCGGCUGUGGCGGUUCCAUGCUCAUGGAGGAUGCCAUCGGCUUGCACGACCGGUUCAACCGGAAUGCACAGGUCAAGGACGUGGCCUACGCUCUCAAUGACGAGGUUACUCGCAAGUUCGUGCAGGCACUGAAGCGGCUGAUGAACGCGGCACAGAAGUACUGGCCGCCAGCCGACCCGUCUAAAAAGGCAAACUGA